AUGGCGACCUUGCGCUACGCUGCACGGUUUGUAAAUCGUAAUCCGCGAAACCUGGAGAUGAUGGGUUUUCAGAAACCUCCAACAGGCUACGAAUUUGAAAAAGAUCGAGACCGACGAAGCUUUAUUUACAAAGUAGAGCUCGUGCAGUCGAAAUCCCAUCAAGAGGCCCGUUUGGUACACUACCAAAAUGGCAUAGUCAUUGAAGCAUCCACGAAAGAGAAAGCAAUCUCCGAUCAACUUUAUAGCAAUACGGACACAUGCGCGUCGAUGAAUCUUGGUCGGAUCUUAGCUGCUCGAUGUCUGCAAGCAGGAAUUCAUUUCGCAAUACCUGGCGCUACUGAAGAACAAAUAGAGAUCAGCAAACAUCAAAAGGAGUUCUUCAAAGUACUCGAAGAUGAGGGUCUACAGUUGAGUGAACCGCCCACUUUCGAGCAAACAUACGAGACGGACAAAUCAAUGACAUGGGAACGAUAUCCGUUAAUGGCCACACGGCAGGAUAAAUUAGAUGAGUUAUAG